UUGCGUCGACGCACACACAUCCGCCUGCUCGCUUCAUAGCGAGUAUAUACGGUUGAUAUUCUGAAACUACCGACGAAAAGUUGAUUUUUUUUAGUUCAAAUUUGAUCUAUAGUGUCCAAGAUGAUGGGCGAUAGUCAUUCGAGGCCCCUACAACCAAGGAAGAACCCAAUUUCAGACGAUUAUAGGAUAACAGGCAGUGUUUUGGGGCUAGGGAUUAACGGAAAAGUGGUCGAGUGUUUCUCACGGGCGACUGGGGAAAAGUUUGCGUUGAAGGUGCUGCGAGAUGUUCCUAAAGCGCGGAGAGAGGUCGACCUUCACUUUCGAGCCUGUCAUGGCUGCUGUCACAUAGUUCGUAUUAUCGAUGUUUACGAAAACAACUACUCAGGGCAGAGAUGUCUACUGGUUGUUAUGGACUGCAUGGAGGGCGGAGAGCUCUUCACGAGGAUCCAGGAGCGAGCAGACUCAGCAUUCACAGAGAGAGAGGCUGCGUCGGUUAUAUGUGAUAUAGCCAAGGCCAUUCAGCAUCUUCAUUCCAUGAACAUUGCACACCGAGACUUGAAGCCGGAAAAUUUGCUGUAUUCAAAGCGUAGUGAAGUGGGAGUGCUUAAGUUGACAGAUUUUGGUUUCGCGAAAGAAAUCAGCAUCUACAAGUCCUUACAAACUCCCUGCUAUACACCCUAUUAUGUUGCACCGGAAGUCCUGGGGCCCGAGAAGUAUGACAAGUCAUGUGACAUGUGGUCCCUGGGUGUUAUCAUGUAUAUAUUACUUUGUGGUUAUCCUCCGUUCUACAGUAACCAUGGUGCUGCCAUCUCCCCGGGGAUGAAGAAGCGGAUCCGUAAUGGACAGUACGAGUUCCCCAACCCCGAGUGGAGUCGGGUGUCCUCGGAUGCAAAAGAGUUGAUUAGAGGUUUACUUAGAACAGAUCCAGAUCACAGACUUUCGAUAUCAGAGGUGAUGCAGAACAAAUGGAUUAAAAACUACUCAAUGGUGCCUCCGACGCCCCUGAUGUCGGCGCGGGUGUUGCGAGAGGAGGAAGAUGUCUGGAUGGACGUGCAGGAAGAGAUGACCAACGCUCUGGCGACAAUGAGAGUGGACUAUGACCACUGUGUCAACAUCAAGAACCUCUCCGAUUCCAACAACCCCAUUUUGAAAAAACGGCGAACACAAUCAACCAAGACCAAAGGGGCAGAGGCGUCAUAGACUCAUCUUCAUCCGCCUGAAUCAUCCGAUGACAGCCAGCAGGCCGAACCCCAAGAGAGAUGUUCAUUUGUUACACUACCCUUUAGGAAUUAUUGAGGAGAUAUAUAUUAAACAGUGUUAAAGGGCGGGUGGAGCCGGGGGCUGCUGGCAGAUACUUGGUGGGGAACAACAGAUAACAUGGACCUCCUAGCAGGGCAGUUUGAUGACUCACAUUUAGAAUCUAUGCCAGAUGAAUGACACAGACCAAUGACAUAUUUUGUUUUACAAAUUUUCUAGACAGUGUUUGAAGAUGCACACCCUCACAAAAAGGAAACAAUUGUCUGACUCCUGGUCCCAGUUCAACAAAAGGAUCUUAGCACUAUGAUUGUCGUAAGUCUAUGUUUAAGCAUGGGAGUUACGAUCGCCUUAGCACUACGAUAGCUUUGUUGAAUGGACUCCUUGGUGUCGUUGUACAAAGCAACCUUAGCGCUACGACUGUCGUAAGUCUAUUAUAAGGUAUGGGAGCUACGACCACCUUAGUGCUAAGAUCUCUUUGUACAACGGCAUCCUGGUCUGUAACAGAAAACAAGUAUUCAGGAUUUCGUUCAUGAUAUUGUCAAUAUUGUCUUUUUGUUGGAUGGUGUUUGUAAGAAUUAUCUUCGAAACAUGAAUGUGACGUGGUCGGGAAUGUGGUUACAACCAUCCCAGUCAGUCCUCCUGGGCCCAACCCCACAAAGCAGUGAUUGUUGCGCUAAGGUGGUCGUAACUCCCAUACUUUCACAUAGACUUACGACAGUCGUAGCGGUACGAUCACUUUGUGGAACGGGGCCCUGGUCUUCAGUCCCACAUCAAAGUGCCGGCUGAGGAGUUGGUAAACAGUUAUGAAGAUAACGUUUUCUUGAACAUGCUACACAAUGUUUAUUUAUGCUUGUUAUUGUUGUUCCGUUGGAUGCUGCUCCUUGUGAAGUCAAGAUGUUUGUUACAGUGAAAUGCAUUUGUUCUUUAAGGUAUUUUCUGUCAGCUGAGACAAACAAACGACAGGAAUGAGUUUAAGGAAUUAUAACAUGUAUUUACCAUUUAUGGAAUUAUCUUGUCUCUGGGAUGAGGGCAGGGGAGAGAAGCCUGUUGUAAAGCGGCGAUGAGGUUCCUUGCAAAGUUGCCUCCCUUGGACUUGCUUUUACUCAAAUCGUUUUUCCACCAAUUCUAUGAAAAGCUUAAGACUUGCCUACACCGUGUCAAGCACUAGGUAGGUCCUUUUUUCUGUUUGGUGGGCUUUUCAUUUUAAGCAGAUUCCCUAUAUUGAUCUGUUUGUACCCAAUUGCCUUAAUGAAGUUAUGUGUAGUCGGUGUGACCUUUCUCCCUGAGGAACAUCAGACAUGGUCACCCACAGCUUGUACACACAGCUACGUUCUUCCAUCACCCGUGAAUACAUACAGCCACUUUGCAGUGUAGCCGCUAUUUUCUAACCAAUGAAUCAAGUGAGAGGGAAGCCACCGAUUGACCAAUGAGCACGACGAUGAUGAUGAUGAUUAUUAUUAUCAUCAUCAUCAUCAUCAUCAUGAUUAUUAUUAUUUCUACUUUUAUUACUAGAUACUAGUAUCUGCUCAACUGCGGUUUAUUACAUCACACUGACAACAUGACAACUGACAACCCUGCGUAUCAUGUGCCAUAGCUUUGCUGUCAUCUGGUUCCAAUAUUGUCAGCAUUGGUCUGCUCGGGUGUACAUAUAGCAAAGAGUAGGGCUGGUUUGACUUCCGUCAGUUGUACGCGGCAACUAGCUCCCUAAGACAAGACACACAUCACCACUACAGAGCAGGGAAUGUCUUCACCGGUGAUGGAGGAACCUGGUUGGAUGGAGCCUGUGAAGUGUUGUGGAUGCGUGACAGAGCGAUAAUGAAUGUGAGCAUCUGACAUCAACUAGAAGUAGGUUGAGAUAAAGAAUUUAAGUUAUCAAUGUUAAAUAGGUAAUUGUUCACGAAUAAUUUCUGAACUGAUGAAAAGCUGUAUGAUUGACUGACUGGGUCUUUGAAUGUGUCAUUUUUCUCUGCUCCGAGUAGUGAUGGAGCAUGUCUGCUUGUAAAAUGUCUGCCUAUAAAAAUAUUGCUCUAUUUUUACUCCCUUGUCUCCAGAAAUGUCCUUGAAAUUGUUUCAUCUAUUACUGGGGCAAAGUUUGAUGUCUGGGUCCAGUGUCACAAAGAAAUGCAAGUGUUACGUCAUCAGUUUCCAUUGAUCCGAGGCAGUCGAAUGGUCUCAGUGCUGCUGUUGCUUUGUGAAACUGGGUUGCCAAGGUAACUAGACAGUUGGUUCAAAGCAUGUCACAGAAUAGCUGAAGCUUUCUUAUGGUCAAGACCUGGAUAGUGAAAUACACCUGACCAUCAGUACAAACUGUGUUCAAGUAUUUGUAUUAAAAAAUACCACAAACCAAUAUGUUACAAUGGUCAAGGUCAUUCACGAAAGUAUUUGCAUGGAAAUAUUAAUAACUGGUUUAAAGUUGCUCUGUUUUGUAGACUGUUUAUGAUCCUCCGCCAAGUGUAGAUUGGUGAAAUGUCUUUUAGAGACCAGUUUUAUGAUUAUGAAGAUUUGUUAUGUUCGUGUUUGGGUAUAUGUUUUUGUGAGUAAUGUGCCUUGUGUGUUUGUUGAAGUGAUUUUACUAUCAUUAUCAUCAUUUUACCAAAUUGAGCCAAACAUUUCUCAAAUUCUAAAAAAUUCUGCAUGAGGUUAUCGUGAUCCUUUGAUGCAUGAUUCAAAGCGGAACUUGUAUCCAUAGAUUUUAAUUUAAAGAAAUGGCAAAUAUGGGGUUCUGUGAAUUUGUCAGCCUGUUUUAGGUUAAACAACAUGGAUUUAGUGCCACAUACCUGUUAUUACACUGUCUGUCACUACAGAAACAUCAGUUCAUUACAUUUUAACUGAAAUGUACCUUAAAAAGGAGUUUCAUUUUAGUUCUCCCCAUCACAGGGCUACAGAGAAAUGACCAGUGAUAUUGUUUACAAGAAUGCAAUUAAUGUUAGGUUUGGUGUAAUUUGAUUCGUGUACAGAUUGUAUGUUUGUGAUUGAUUUUUUUAUGAGGCCUGUUAUGGAUGACUCACAGAGGCAUCCAUGGAGAGAACAGUACUCAGACUUACAAAAAUGUCAUUCAAACACAGUUAUUUGUUUUUUUCAAGUUUUCCUUUAAAGGAUUAAUAUAAUCUUAAUAUGAUUCACCUAUUUCCUAUCAGACGUCGCCUUAUCUUUGUAAGCCGGACUUCAUAAGCAAGACUGGAGUGUCAGUAAAACAAAGUAGCGGUCUGUGAUUGUACAAAGACUUCUAGGAACUGUAUUGUGUGUAUGAUUAACUGUAAAUAGAGUGUGUCAACCCUACUCGGACUGUAUCGUCUAUCGGUGGUAUUUAUAAAUACCCAUCAUGCUAUCAAGAUUCAUGUAAUAAAUUAAACACAGGCAGGGUGCUGCUGGUAGUGCUUAGAAUUGUAUGUGUUGUGUUGUCCUGCUUUGAAACAUUCAAUUUAUGACAAAAAGUAGGAGUUAGAGACAGGUUAGGAUUCAUCAAGCAGGAAUCUGUGUAAACUGCGAGGAAUUAACCCAGUUAAAUACUUAAUAGCCUGUGAUAUCUCCUAAGAGCAGUGUAAGGUCAGUGGUAAACUCUAUGUUGCGGUUAAUGUGUCUGCAUAUCAACACAAAUGUCUCUCCAGUGUAUUUCUGUAUUCAGAGUAUUUCCUGGACAGACUGACAGUUUACUUGCUGCAGAAGGACAGUCUCCAGGGUCUGUUAUUACUUUGUUAUCUGAAUCUUGUGUCAGCUGUCUGUAUCAUGAGUAGUGUUGGUAUUCUGUGACCCACCAGGAGAAAAGGGACCGUAUGGGUGCUGGGAUACAAUUGUGCUGUAACGUCAUAAAAAAGUUUCACCUUAACUUACUUCAGUGAAGAUCGCCAGUGUGUGGACUGUACAGAAAUAUCUUAUUCUUUUCUCUUCAUUUCGUAAUGUAAUAAAAACAUUAUUUCGAAACCUUACAGCAUACAGGUCUAGUUUCAAUUUAGGCGGUCGGGUAGCCUUGUGGUUAAAGGGUUCACUCGUCACGCCGAAGACCCGGGUUCGAUUCCCGACAUGGGUACAAUGUGUGAAGCCCAUGUCUGGUGUUUCCUGCCGUGAUAUUGCUGGAAUAUUGCUAAAAGCGGUGUAAAACCAUACUCACUCACUCACUCUAGUUUCAAUUCAUCAGACAAUAUGUCUAAAACCUGCAAUUAUUACAUAAACAGUUGUACGUCAGAGAAUGAGUCCAAGUGUUUGAUGUCAUGUAUCUCUAUAAUAAAUAUGAAUUGAAGCUUUGAAUUGUAUUUUUGUGUUCCUGUGUAGUUUUAAAUACUAAUGAAAAGUCAAAAUGUGUUUUUUCACCCAUAAGGUCCAUUUCUCCUGAUUGUUACAUUCUUUCAACUAUAAGAGGUACAUUGCUGUGCUAUAUAUACAGAGGUUUAUAGAUACAUACUGUCAGAGUUACGGUCUGUCUUUAAAAAUGAAAAAUAUACUGUUUAACUAUGUAACUCAGUCUAUAAUACAUUGAAAAUAUACAGUCAUGUUAAACAUUGGUACUGACCUACUCAUCACAAUACUGGGAUGUAGUGGUCCUGUAUGUAGGGUUUAUGAAAAGAGCCCCGAUGUAUCGAUAUCUAGAAUCACAAACAACUGUAGCCUAAACUCAGAGCAGCCCAUAUCUGUACUAUAGAUAAUAAAACAUGACUGUGUUUA